ACGCGAAAGGAGCCCCCUGGUUACGGCGCGGCGGGUGGGCGGUUGCGCCGGGGCGGCGGCAGCGGAACAGCCGAGAUGGCGGCGGAGGCGGCCGCGGCGGAGGCGGCGGCGGAGCUGCUGGAGCGGGCGUGCCGGCCCGAGGCGCCGCUGGAGGAGCUGCGGGCCCUGCGGCUGGCCGUGCAGGCCGUGCCGCCGGCCGCCCUCCGCCCCCACCUGCGCGACGCCCACCUAGGCGCGCUCUUCGGCCUCCUCAGCGCCGGUGACCGGGAGCAGGUGUCUGCGUGUGUCGCCAUCCUGGAGCGGCUGCUGCAGGCCCUGGACCCGCCCCACCUGAUCCGGAACCUCCGGGAGGAGCUUCAGAAAGGCCUUUUCCAUCCCGACGACUCCGUGAAAAUCCUCACAAUAUCUCAGAUUGGGAAGAUUGUUGAAAAUUCGGAUGCUGUUAGAGAAAUAAUCAACAGUCCUGAAUUAUUACGGCAAAUAAUCUAUUGCAUUGGUGGAGAGAAAAUAGCUGUGGCUAAAGAGGCCAUCAAAUCUCUCACGAGGGUUGCACAGACACAAGAUGGUUUAGAGGCUUUAUUUGUGAGCAGUUUGUUGAGUGACUUGAAAAAUGUCAUGGCAACAAAUGAUAUUGUACGGUAUAGAGUAUAUGAGUUAAUUGUUGAGAUCUCUUCAGUGUCAGCUGACUCACUAAAUUACUGUGCAAACAGUGGAUUAAUAUCAGAGUUAAUUGGAGAGUUGACUGGAGAUGAUGUGCUGGUCAGAGCUACAUGUAUAGAGAUGGUAACCUCAUUGGCAUAUACUCCCCAUGGACGCCAGUAUCUUGCUCAACAAGGAGUUAUUGAUAAAAUUUCCAAUAUUAUCAUUGGUGCAGAGUCUGAUCCAUUCUCGGGCUUCUAUUUACCAGGAUUUGUUAAAUUUUUUGGAAAUCUGGCUGUGGUAGACAGCCCACAGCAGAUCUGUGAACGGUACCCUGUGUUUGUGGAGAAAGUCUUUGAAAUGGCAGAAAGUCAGGAUCCAACCAUGAUCGGAGUGGCUGUAGACACACUAGGAAUCCUGGGAUCAAAUGUGGAAGGCAAACAGGUUUUGCAGAAAACUAGAAGCAGAUUUCAAAAUCUGUUAAACAGAAUAGGGCAGCAGGCCAAGAAUGCCCCAACGGAGUUAAGACUGCGAUGCUUGGAUGCCAUUUCCUCUCUUCUUUACUUACCUCCAGAGCAGCAGACGGAAGACCUUUUGGGAAUGACUGAAUCAUGGUUUGCAUCCUUGUCUAGCCAACCAUUGGAACUCUUCAGGAGUAUCAGUACUCAGCCAUUUCCUGAUCUCCACUGUGGGGCUUUAAGAGUAUUUACUGCGAUUGCAAACCAACCAUGGGCCCAGAAGUUAAUGCUUAACAGUCCUGGAUUUGUAGAAUAUGUUGUGGACAGAUCUGUGGAACCUGAUAAAGCUUCAAAGGAUGCUAAAUAUGAACUGGUUAAGGCUCUUGUAAACUCUAAAACAAUUGCAGAAAUCUUUGGAAAUCAGUAUUAUCUGAGGCUUAGGGCUUACUUGCAUGAAGGCCCGUAUUAUGUUAAGGCUGUUUCUACUACAGCUGUGGAAGGAGCAGAAUAGCUUAUCUCAGUUCUCCUUCUUUCAAACUAUUUUACUGAAAUAGCUGUUAAGAUUCUCCCACACUGGAGUCAUUUUAGAUUGCCUCUUCAAAGAAACUUGAAGUACUUGACUCGAUUCGAAGUCAGUUGUGAGUGCAAAUUGUAACCCAUAGGGCACAGAGUUACUUCCCUUAGAAUCUUGUGGCCUAAAUCCUGUCUGUGUACUAUCCUGAGACAAGUAACCAAGGUAAGCACUCUGUCAACUACAGACUCCGUGUUGUUUUGCAGAAACUAUCAGUGUUUAGUUAAACUGUUCUUGGGCUCGAAGUUCCUAUCAUGUUUUCUCAGUAGAUUAUAUUUCAAUUAAAAAACAAACACCAGAAUACCUUGAGGUUCACUACCUCAGAUGCUGCCAUGGUUUCUUUUUUCUUCCUUAUAUGUGCCUAGGUUGGCACCCAUGUGAAAAAUACUCUUUUAGCCGGUCAUGUUCCAUCAGAUACCUAGUUGUUUAAAAAAAAAAAAAAAAAAAAAGUAACCUAAAAGGUGUGUGCUCAUGUGAGGGAGUACAAACUGUAUUCUCUUUUAUUAUCAAUUUGCUGGAUUUAAGUCUUGUUUGAAUAAAAUAAUCCUAAAUAUUGUUUACAUUUUAUGCUGAGAAUGACCAGACAAACUUUUAGCCCUUUUAAAGAAAAAAUGCAGACUCCUAAUGUGUAAAACCACACUGGGAACUUUGUCUCUCUUGUUAACUGCUACUUUGUAUGGCAGGUCAGUUUACUCGCUCAAAAGGAGCAUGAGCUAUAGUGCUUUAAGUCUACUUCAGAACCAAAUCUUAAAUUGUUUACACUAUUUUUUAUCAAACUUUUUGUGUUAUUUCUUUUUUUUUUUUUUU